AUUAAGUCGCACCUGCGCCAUUUUGUCGAGGAAGGGAAGUAGAGUAACUUGUAGGGUAAUUUCAGACCCUCCCACAUAUUGUAUAGCUGUAGUCAGGGCUUCACCAUGCCUCUGGCACAACUGGCGGACCCCUGGCAGAGGGUUGAGGUGCAAUCCCUGCGACAGACGCCAAGCACAGAAGACAUGCUUGUAGAUGACCAAGAGAAUGAUGAGGAGAUGCAAGAUCAGGAAAUUGAAGUCACGACUUUGGUCAGGAAGGGAGAGAAGUGCAAUCCUGGUGAUUUUGAAUUACUUAAAGUUUUAGGCCAGGGCUCAUUUGGAAAGGUGUUUUUGGUAAGAAAAAUCAGUGGCCAUGAUGCAGGCACCCUGUAUGCCAUGAAAGUGCUAAAGAAAGCUACUCUCAAAGUGAGAGACAGGGUAAGAACAAAGAUGGAAAGGGAUAUACUGGCAGAUGUUGAUCAUCCAUUUAUUGUAAAACUCCACUACGCAUUUCAAACAGAAGGGAAACUGUACUUAAUAUUGGAAUUCCUGCGAGGAGGCGAUUUGUUCACUAGAUUAUCUAAAGAGGUAAUGUUCACAGAAGAAGAUGUCAAGUUUUACCUGGCAGAAUUGGCACUUUCUCUAAAUCAUUUGCACCAAGUAGGAAUAAUCUAUAGGGAUCUGAAACCAGAGAAUGUGCUGCUUGAUGCCGAUGGUCAUGUCAAACUGACAGACUUUGGUCUAAGUAAGGAGUCCAUCUUUGAGGAGAAGAAGACAUACUCAUUUUGUGGCACUGUGGAGUAUAUGGCUCCUGAGGUGGUCAACAGGAGAGGGCAUGGUACAGCUGCUGAUUGGUGGUCUUAUGGAGUACUUAUGCCUGCCCUCCCAGCAGGGGCAGAACAAUUAUGUCUUGGCAUGCUUUAUUUGAUCUGCUGA